UUUCAUGCCCCACAAAGAUGAGGGUGUUGCAUGGAUGUCUUUGCUAGCUUGGAGUGUAGGAUUACACACACAUGUAUGCUCCGUUCAGGCAAUGAUAUUAUAAGCAAGCCAUGUCGUCUCCUUCGUCUGCCUCCAAAACGAACUGCAGUGGGAGCAGCCAGCUGUCCACUUCUACUGCCAGUACCCCCAGCAGUACUGUUAGUAGUACAUGUACGGGGAGUCCCUUCAAGAAGAAUGCGUUCAAUGUGCUGAUGCAGAGUUCCGCUCGUUCCCCUAGUCGUAAGAAGAAACGAAGCUCCAGUAGUACUGGUAGUGGCUCUGCUAGAAAGAGCAGCAGCAGCAGUGUGAGUCCUUCCAAGAAGAAGAAACCAAGGACAACUACUAGUAGUAGAUCUAGUGGUAGGUCGAGUACUAGUAGUGGUAACGGUGGUGGUGGCAUUGGAUUUGUGGAGUGUCCUUUGGGCUGUGGUCGCCAUGUGGCCAAUCUGGAACAUUCCAUCAAUCGCCAUUUGGAUUUUCAAUGUACAGUCAUGAAGCAGCAACGAUUGCAAGCUAAGCAACAGCCUGAGCCACCACUUAGUUCACAAACUGAACCAGAAAAUGGAGAACCUGAACCAGAAUUUCAGGAGCCAAGUCAGCAAGAAAUUGAAGAACCUGAUCCAAUCGUCAUGAAACAAGAAGAAGAAUCUAUGCAUACAUGUAUAGAUAGUCCAAUCAAAGCGGAACAAGAUGAGGAUUCUGACAAAGCAGAAGAGUCUUGCACACCCAAUCUGUCUAGUAGUACAGAGGCCCAUCAAAACACUGAUUCUGCAAUGACCAGCAAAACUACUAUUGAAGAUCACAACAACCUGGAUGUGGGACAUGCCUUGUUAAUGCUCCAUGCUUCAUCCAUUGUUUCACCUGAAAAUUCACAACCACAACCAACACCACUCCCUCCCAUUGAUCAACAGACUGUCACUCAAGAACACCAAACGCAACAGCAAGAAUCAACGCCGUCACCCAAUAGUGCCACCGACGAUAAGAAACAAACUAACGUAUUUGCCCACAUGAUGCAACAAUCCAGCAAAGUUUUCGCUUCCGCAAACAGCACCAAACAAGUACAACAGCACUUGACACUCCACUAUGACCCCAACAAUAAGGAUUCCUUAGAAUUCUCUUGGAACCUACAGGUAAUCGACAAUGAUAACAACCAUCCACAGCAGGAACCACCACCUCUUUGGUCGUGUGACUCGAAACUCAAGGACAAGGAAACCGAUCCACACACUACCAUUGCCUUGACGGUAUCCGUCACUUCCAACGACACUCUUGCCAAUUCUACACAAGACGAUCAUCGAUGGGUUCGAAAACAUUCCCGACUAUCCGUACCCGUACUCAAAUCCAUUUUACAAAAAUCCGUUCGGAGACGACGGCCACUACCCAGUGUACGUGUCGCCAUGGAACUCAUGGAUAAGGCACUGGGCGAAUUCCUCAGACGAUUGCCCAUUAUCGUAUUGGAAGACUCCACCCUGCAUCCAGAUUAUCCCUUGCUCAUUUGGGCCAUGGUGGCACAUAGCAAGGGGUUCUUUGAUAUUGAUACAACUGAUGCACCAGACAACGAGGACAAUGCCACCAAAAGUCGCUGGAACGUGAUUCGGGCACUCCAGUUGCGACUCUUGCGCAUUGUCUAUCAAGUGGCGUCGUGUCCCGUACAGGAUCAUCUCUCUUCGCAGAAACAAGACCCGAAUGACGAAGCAUCACCCACCUCCGCAGGUCAAGGACAGACACCAAUCAACAACGCCACGAAGCCCUGCUUGUCCAACCCAUUCCUUGUGUGCGAGGUGGCAACAACAGGCAAGUCAACGGAAUCGGACAGCACUAUGACGAGGAAACGCGAUGGAACAGACCCGGUGGUGACAAAGCAGCAACCACAGGAUCAGCAAUCGUCACAAAAACAACUACAACUUUCUAUCUGGGCCAUGCUAGUGCGAGCCAAGUACGGUGGCAUGUCGUGCGAUGUUCGCAUGCUCUAUCUUUAUGCACAAACAUGGCAUGAUCGAUUGCAGCAGGAAGGCGACGACGCCACUUGGUUAGACGUUCCCAAACGAAUGCACGAAAAGGCCGUUGCCGCUUCCACAACGCGUCUAGCAUCGACCGACAUCUUUUUGGAACGGUUGUGCUUGCCAGAUAUUUGCCGACAAGGAGUGGACUUUCAUUGCAGCAACAUCAUCCCGACAUUGUUGCAGGACUCGCAACUCCGAACGGCGGUUCAGCAAAUGGCCGACGGGAUGGAAUGUAGUGCCGAAACUCUCCUCCAACGAAUCAUUUGGAAGUUUUCGGCUGGGGUAAACCUGCGAAGGCCUCUGGCCACGGAAAGCAAGAAGGGUGGACGAUCCAAUCAGCAUCAAGAUCAAGUCUUGAACCAAUUUUGGAAGGAUGUCCUCGACGACUUGGUGACCGCAUUUCAAACCAAGUAUCUCGGAGAACGCUUGCGAUGACGUGCUUGCUUUUGUGACGACGUGAGCUAGCCUCGCAGUCUUUCGCAACACGAUUGGAGGGUGUUGGAUGGGGGCCACAAAGAUGACAUUAAAGGAUCUCCGCGCUCGGUCUUUCGUCAUCUCCGCAGCUUCGAUGGGGCAGGCAGACACAGAUGCUGCGAACAGUCAACUUGGUUAUCAGGCUUCAUGGAGAUCAACAAUAUGUGAUGCUACUAUUACAGGCAAAUGCUAGCUAACCGCUGAGAGCCUGAUCAAGAUCAAUUGUGACGGUCACAUCAAGACGCAAACCCCGAACAAGUCAGCACCAUUAUGGGUAGCGGGAAUCCUCCUGGCUCUUCUUGAAGCGCCUCUCCCGGAGGUGGCAUCUGCUUCACGAUGACUAUCUAGUACUCCAGCAACCCUGGUAUGAUUGGAAUCAAAGGGGAAGGGUUCGCGCCGUCAAAAAGCAGAUUCCUUCCUUGUCUUGGAAUAGUUUCUGGAACAGUGCGAUUCCAGAUAUCGGCAUAGUCGCCAACAUCGUUCACAGCAUCGCGGAAUAUGCGACUGAGUUCAAUUCCGUACAGAGAGACAGCAGGCAUUUUGUUGGAUGUCUCCUUUGUGAUUCCAUUUUCUUCAGCAAAGAUAAUGGCUUCCACAAUCCAUUUUACUACCGUUGCCCAUUCAUGAUCGGAUUGCCGAGUGGCCAAGCAACGGUUGGAUAGCAUGUUGCUGGGGAGGAGCACUUUAAGUCAGCGUGAUAUUUCAUGAUCGAGAUUGGACAGCAGUUCAAGCAUGCUUACCUUCCAACGAUGUCCACAACAGUGGUAAUGUAAAAGUAUGGCUGAGAGAAUGAGAAUCCAACGCCAGUGGUGAGCUCUCUUACUUCAGUUUCAAUGUUCCACGGAGCACCCGCAAGAAUGUCGAUUUGUCCGUCUUGCAGCAGUGAAAAGCCCUUUGUGUCAUUUGCAACCUUUACUACCUCCAACGUCUCGGAAGAACCCAGAAGACCGGAGGCUACCGCUUUACAGAAUUCCACGUCCAUCCCCUGAAGACCCACAAGCCCGUCGGCAAGCUCUUGUUGUUUCUCUACUGCAGGCACAGAUGAUGACACACCAACUCCACACCGCAGUCUUCCCCGUCUGAUGAUCCCUGCCAUUGUGCCAUUACUCCGUGGAGGAGGUCCCGUUACCUCCUGGCGUCCAAAAGGACGAGACACGAGAAAUCCAUUACUGGACUCGUUCACGCCAUAAUGAUACACCAUUCGCGGAUACAGCUCUGAUAUGAUUCUCCGAUCGUACAUUUCC